AUGCGGCGCGGCGAGCCCGUCGUCGUCACGGACGACGCGGACCGGGAGAACGAGGGGGACCUCAUCUUCGCCGCGGAGACGGCGACGGCGGAGACGCUGGCCUUCACCGUGCGCCACACGUCCGGCGUCAUCUGCGUCGCGAUGCCGGGGGACCGCCUCGACGAGCUCCGGCUCGGGCCCAUGGUCGCGAAGAACGAGGACCCCAAGGGCACGGCCUUCGCCGUGUCCGUGGAUUUGCUCGGCGGCGACAUGACGACGGGCAUCUCGGCGAGCGACCGCGCGCGGACGCUGCGCGCGCUCGCGGAUCCCCGGAGCGGCCACGAGCGGUUCUGCCGGCCGGGCCACCUCUUCCCGCUGCGCGCGCGGCCCGGGGGCACGCUCGAGCGCGGGGGCCACACGGAGGCGUCCGUGGACCUCGCGCGGCUGGCGGGCCUGGCCCCCGCGGGCGCGCUCUGCGAGAUCGUCCGCGACGAGGACGGCGAGAUGGCGCGCUGGGACGACCUGGGCGAGUUCGCGAAGACGCACAACCUGGCCUUCACGACCAUCGCCGACAUCCAGCAGUACCGCCGGAGCCCCGAGCCCUACCCGCUCGUGUUGGAGCGGGGCACGAUGACGCGCAUGCCGACGGCCUACGGCGACUUCGACGCGGUCGUCUUCGCGGACGUCGCUUCCGGUCUCGAGCACGUGGCCCUGCUCAAGGGCGACCUGGGCGAGCUCGCGAACGCGGACCGGCGCGACAUCCCCCGGCCCGAGCGACGAAAGCCCUCGACGGCGCCGCCGCCCGAGUGCGCCACGGGCGACAUCUUCGGCUCGCGGCGCUGCGACUGCGGCGAGCAGCUCCAGCGGAGCCUCGAGCUCGUCCGCGCGUCCGGCGGCGUUUUGCUCUACCUCCGGGGCCACGAGGGCCGCGGCAUCGGCCUGGGCGCCAAGCUCCGGGCCUACGCGCUCCAGGACCGGGGCCGCGACACCAUCGAGGCCAACGCGGACCAGGGGCUGCCCGUCGAGGCGCGGACGUACGGAGCGGCGGCGGCGAUGCUCCGCGACCUCGGCGUCGACGCCGUGCGCCUGCUGACGAACAACCCGGCGAAGUGCGACGCCCUCGCGGCCUUCGGCAUCGCCGUCGCGGCGCGCGUCCCCCUGGUCACGACGCCGAACGAGGACAACGUCGCCUACCUCCGCACGAAGCAGGCGCGCAUGGGCCACGACCUCGGCCUGCCCGAAGCGCCGUGA